GGUUCAAAGUAAAAUUCACGAAACUACUUUAAAAUCAGGAGGCACUCUUUCUAGUUAUUGAUGGACAGUUGUGUGCCGUUUCUGAUUGGCUGGUGUGUUGAUUGAGGGCGGCUCAGCCACGCCCACCUGCCUGCAGCGAGAGGAGAGCGCGCGCCGAGCACACACUGUCAGUCAAGCGUCUCCAGAGCAACAGGUAAGCUGAGCUCUCAUCACCUGCUGAGUGCCUCUCAUCAACAGCUCUCUUUGGGGGAAAAUAUCUUUGUGUCAUUCUUCAUUAUAAUACUAAUAUGAAAAGUAUAAACAUAUGAAACGACAGACAGAAGACACGUACUCAAAUAUUAUUACAGAUCACGCACUUCUGAGGCUCAUUAUUGUGUCUGGAAAGUCCAGCAACUGCAGCCUGCGAACACCAUGAACCUGAGCCCGCCUGAACACAGCAUGGACGGCAGCAAAGCCGAGCACUUGCUCCCUUGUUUCCGCAGAAGCGCGUUUGACGAGCCUCUGGCGUCCUACCACAGCGGCUCCAUCAUAUCUCACCUCCUGCGGAAAACCAUUCACAAUAAACUGACCUCACUGGACAACAGCCUCCUUUACCUGCCCUCCUCAAACGCCAGCGGCUUCGAUCCCGAGUCCAACAGCGCCGAUGAUUUUGCUCGAGAGGAGCAGAGCUGCCUGUCCUUCAAAGACGAGGAUCUGUCUGUGAGCGAGCACCUCCAAGCCAAACGCGCCCGGGUGGAGAACAUCAUACGAGGCAUGGCUGCUUCGCCCAACGCCGACGGAGAAGCGGAGAGCGAGUGCGAAGCCGUCCGCUGUAGAAGAGACCUCCUGAAGGAGAACAAACGCAAGCAGAGGCUCCCCCAGCACCAGGAACCAAAGACCAGCAAAGACGAGGAGUGCCACAAACUCAAGGAGCAGCUCCAAAGCAUGCAGCGUCUCCUGCAUCAGCUCCAGGAGAAGAUCUUGCACGUGCACGACCAGAAUUACUCGGAGAGCGAGGAACGGGAAGAUGCGAGGUCAGAGCACUCGAGUCUGAGGCUAGAUGGUGGACACAAAGACCGAGUCAAAGUGGAACCCGGUGGUUUCGGCUCCGACAGGGCGAUGAAGAACCUCAAAGAGACUCUCAAAUGCGAGCUGACCAGGACUGUGAGCGAAAGCAUCGAUACGGUCUUCAAGAAGCUCUCCACGACUCUUCUGAACCAGUCAUCCCCAUGCCACAGUCCGGACUGCUCGGAAACCGAGAAGCGGAUCCCAGAGGACUCCCCUUCAGAUCUGUCGGAUUCUGAGGAAAACGUCAAUAGCAGGCAUUGCUUUGAGAGCCACGGCCCGGAGCACCAGACCGAAGCCUUGUCCCUGGUGGUCCGUAAACCUUCUCUGAGCCAGGCUGUGAAGAGACCUUUCCCGCUGCACCAGACGCCUUUCCAGAUGGGCUACAACGCUCCUCUACACGACAGCCAGAUCCUGGAGCACCUGCUGAAGUACGGCCCUCACUCCACCUUCUGUCUGGAGAGGUCCUCGCCGGACUCAGUGGAGCGUCCGUGGGAAAGCCUGGCCAUGAGGUCCAAGCUGAGCUCGGGGCAUCUGGGUCAGCACCAGACUGGACUGGUGUCGGUGGACGCGCUCUGCCUUCCUCACAUCAAGAUGGAGCGUGGAGAUCUGCAGAGCAUGGCUGAGAGGAGCUCCUUCAUGUCGCUCAGUAUAUCCUUUGAACGCUCCGUCUCUAGCACUUUAAAGAGAUAUUGCAUCCAAAAACGAUCAUGGUGUUAUAAUUUACUCAUGUGGUUCCAAACCUGUAGGACUUUAUUUAAUGGUUUUCAGUUCAAUCGCUGCAUCACGUCUCAGCUGAUCAAGUGGUUCAGUAACUUCAGAGAGUUCUUCUACAUCCAGAUGGAGAAGUUCGCUCGUCAGGCCAUCAUCGACGGCGUGAAUGAUGUGAAAGAUGUAUCCGUCACCAGAGAGUCCGAGCUCUUCCGCGCACUCAACAUGCACUACAACAAAGCCAAUGACUUCCAGGUUCCAGACAGGUUCCUGGAGGUCGCUGAAGUCACGCUUCAGGAGUUCUUUAGUGCCAUUUCCCUCUCCAAAGACUCGGACCCCUCCUGGAAGAAAGCCAUCUACAAAGUCAUCUGCAAACUGGACAGCGUCGUUCCCGAGGAUUUCAAAUCACCUUCCUACGUGUAAACAGAGAGCGCCACCUACAGGACGCUUCAUGUGUGGACACAUGCCGUUUAUUUAUCAUAAGCAUCAAUCAUAAAUGUUCCUUUUUAUAAGUGAAUUGUCAGCUUUAGACGAAAAAUUGAAAAGUAUUUUGCUGUUGACUGAAAUGCAAGGUUUGUUUCAUGUUGUCUUUGGAAUAGGCUUGUUUAUUAAUAGUUUGGAUUUGGGGUUUUAAUGUAAUAUAUUUUGAUUUCAUAAUGCCACUGUAGACGAAUGUGUGCUGUGUUUUUUGUUCAGAUGUGUUAUGAAAAGCAGUUAUGAUUUGUGUUUUAAUGUGGAUUUGUCUGUUGAGUUUCCA